CUACCACUACUCAUUCUUCUUUCAAGCUCACAUCUCUGGAUGUGUUUCAGUGUCACAUUCAGACAUUAGAAAGAGAGAGGGAAAUGGAGAAGAUACAAGGAGCUGCUAGAAAACAUGUUCUAAUACUUCCUCUGCCUCUGCAAGGACACAUAAAUCCAAUGCUGCAAUUCUCCAAGCGACUAGCCAGCAAAGGACUCAAAGUGACACUACUCACCUUCACCGGCAAACCAACCACCCAAGGCGAAGAUGGGUUACUAAGCUUUGAAUCCAUUUCCAAUACUAGCGAAGAAAGCAGGAUGGAUAUGGAUGCUGAUGACUAUAUGAAGAAAUUGCAAGACAUGGUGGCAUUAAAAUUGCCAGCAAUUGUUGCAAAGCAUGAGGAGUCUGGUUUCCCCGUGAGUUGCCUUAUAUACGACUCGUUCAUGCCAUGGGCUCUGGAGCUAGCCAGAAAGAUUGGAAUCUCUCCAGCGCCAUUCUUCACGGAAUCAUGUGCAGUUUGUGCUAUCUAUUACGCACUUCACGAAGGGAAGCUUAAAAUUCCAACUGAUGAUGAGGCCUCUGUAUCACUACAAGGGCUGCCACCCCUUGAGGCCUACGACUUGCCCUCUUUCUUUUAUGACUUGGAAAAGUACCAAGAUGUAUUGAGCUAUUUGGCCAGUCAGUUUUUGAACAUUGAAGAAGUUGAUUGGAUCUUUUGCAAUACUUUCGACAUCUUGGAACAAGAGAUGGUGAAUUGGAUGGCAAACAAAUGGCCAAUCAAAUCAAUUGGACCAACAAUUCCUUCAAUGUUCUUAGACAAGCGGCUAGAGGAUGACAAGGAAUAUGGUCUCAGCCUCUUCAAGCCCAAUUCAGAUGCUUGCAUGAAGUGGCUAGACGCAAAGGAACCAUACUCAGUUGUUUACGUAUCUUUUGGGAGCCUGGCAGCCCUUGGAGAAGCACAAAUGACAGAACUGGCCUGGGGUCUAAAAAGAAGCAACACCUGCUUCUUAUGGGUAGUAAGAGAGCCCGAAAAAGAAAAACUUCCAAACAACUUCAUAGAAGAGACUAAAGAAAUGGGACUAGUUGUAACAUGGAGUCCUCAAUUGGAAGUCCUGGCUCAUAAGUCUGUGGGGUGUUUUGUAACUCAUUGUGGGUGGAACUCAAUAUUGGAGGCAUUAAGCUUUGGAGUGCCAAUGGUGGCCAUGCCACAGUGGACGGAUCAGCCAACCAAUGCAAAAUUUGUAAGUGAUGUUUGGAAAGUAGGAAUUAGAGUAAAGGUAGAUGAAGAAGGGAUUGCUACUAAAGAAGAGAUUGAGAGAUGCAUGAGAGAAGUCAUGGAAGGAGAAACAAGAAAUGAGAUGAAGAAGAAUUUAGAGAAAUGGAAGAAACUAGCUUGCCUGGCUGUAGAUGAAGGUGGAAGCUCCGACAAGAACAUCGAGGAAUUUACAACAAAACUUACGUGUAGUUCUAAUGGUUUUAAAGAGUGAGAAACAAUUAGUUCUUCUAUUAGAUUAAUAGAUCUAUGUUCGAUUUAAUUUAUGUUUGUUUUGGGUUAAGAAUUUUAUUUUCUUUAAU